GCGGUAUGACUCGAAUAGAAGCAUGUGGACAUCGUCUUGCGUUCAUCUAUUUGUGCGCAAUGGCGUUGCGGUUACAGCAAGACGGUACAGGCAAACCUCUCUGUAAGAUUGACAACAGACGCUUUCAAGUUGAAUAUAGCAAAUACGAGCACCCUCUCAGAUGCAAUGCUACAUGUGGUGAACGAUGUGAAAUGAACAGACUAAGCAACAAUUCUUACUUGGAGCGUUGUUUCUGUGACAAGUUCUGCAAGGUGUAUGGAGAUUGCUGCUUGGGACUAAUUCACAGUGCGGAAACUGAAAAAAUUCUUUUCCAUCUAAAGUUUCAGAAUGAUUCUCAAACACUAAUGUGCGUCAAUCCUGUAAACCUAUUAAAAAAUGUCAGCGAACGAGUAAAAGUUAUAGAAAGAAUCAGACAAGCUUAUGAGUCCGAAGAUGGUGUCUACAUGAAAACGUCGUGUUCCUCUACGUGGUAUGACGACGAGUGGCGUGUGAAAAUUAGAGAAAGGUGUGAGAACGUAAACGCGUCUCUACAUGUUUCCAAUGGUCUACAGUUGACACCUGUGAGUACUUCUGAUAUAACAUACAGGAACGUCUACUGUGCAAUCUGCAACCACCAGAAUGCAAGCGAGUAUACUUUCUGGAAAACUGGACUCUAUUGCGAUGACAGAAUUGUAAAUUAUUUAGACAAUACAUUCAAUGGCAAUGUGACUAUCGAGAGAAUCGAGCAAAGCUGCAGCAUUGCAUACUUUCAGCAGCCAAAUGUCACAUCUCGAUGGCUCGACCCCUUUCGACAAUGUCACACACGAACUAUUGAUCACUGUCUUCCUUACGAUCAGCUCACUAAUCUGAUGACGAUAGAUCACUACAACUGUCUAAAGUCAAGAUGUUUGUCAUAUACUGAUCGUGUAAGUGUAUCUUUAGGGCCUUGUACGAAUAGAAUCUACAAGAAUAUUGACUGUGCUGAGUGUAAUGGCCUAGGUUAUAGACUGUUUCACAUAACUAGGCUGCCUCCAGGUGUUUGUGGUGAAAUAGUGGAUAGAUGGAUUCCAGAAAGACAGAUAACUCCAUUUCCUGCUAUUCUGAAUAUUAAUGACAACGGAAGACAAUCAUUUAGUGACGGUUGGACCACGACAGAGUUGACAAAAUCAUGUGGUAGUGGACAAGUGUUCAAUAUCAUCUCAAAGCGCUGCCAAGAUCUCUACUCUCCGAUCAAUUUUGAAUUGGCUUCAGGAAUUUGUGUGCCAUUGAAACCAAAUAUAGUAUCUGUGAGGUUCAAUCUAACAUUGAUGACAGAUAACAGUAAAGAAAUUGCUGUUAUCAAUAAUAGUGAGUUAAGCAAGUCGAUUUCUGACGGCAUAAAUUUUGCCCUGCAUAAUGAACUGAUUAAUGCAACAGUAAGAAAAGUAAAUAUUACAACAAUUAACGGAUUUUUUCAAGUUUAUCUGGUCAUCAAUAUGCUAAAUGACAAUGAGACUAUUGACAGUAUUCUUUCAAUUAUUCACUCCAAGAAUUUUCUCUUUCAAUAUGGUGGCUCCAUGUACAGUGUUCAAUCUGGAACCGUUAUGAUUUGGACCCCACGACAAGAAAAUGACUUGGAAUGUGAUGCAUACAUUGCUUUGAAUGAGUCUGAGUAUCAACAGUGGAAGAAUGAUAGCAUCUUUGGAUUUGAGAGAGCCAUAUAUUUGCAAUACCCUAAUGGCACAAAUAGUUCAGAUAGACGAAUUCUGGUAUGUAACUAUUUCAGUCAGACUUAUAACAAAACUGUGACUGUUGCAAAGCAUGCGUAUCUCUCUUGA